UUCCAGUGCAACAUGCUUCUCUUGCUCUCGUCUACUUCUCAAGGCUGGUGUUAUGACUUAUGAGUCAGACGGACCUGAUGACCAGAUGACCUGAUCUCGUGCCCCUUCCUUCACUUUAAAAAGCUCACGUGUCCUGUUUGUGCAUGUGACCCUCUACAGCUCUACUACUGGGGUUAAUUAGGGCAUUUAAGCUCUCUUUCUUGAUCCUCUUCUACUCUUCCAUCCACCACCACCACCACCUCUGGCUUCUCUGCAUAUAUAUACAAGGGGUGGAAAUUAACCUCAUUACUUCAUACUUGUCAUAAGCCCACCUGUUUGUCACUGCUCUAGUCUGCAGAGAAGAUGAUGCCCCCUGAGCAAGAGACUAGAGCCACUAGUGGGUCGAAUAUUGUUCUCGCUGAGCUGCCUGCUUUGUCCAGUAACGUCAGCCCCUGUUUGGAGGAUCGGAUGGCCGAGCAGCUGAAGGCAAGAAUGGGUGAGUGCUCGAUUCUACGUAGAUCGUUGCGCCCUGUCACCCUCAAGUUUGAAGAUGUGGUCUAUAGUAUAAAGCUGAAGAAGUCCGACGGAUAUUGCUUCUCGUCGCCGGACCCCAAGCCUGAACGUACCAUACUCAAUGGGGUUACAGGGAUCGUCCGGCCGGGCGAGCUCCUAGCAAUGCUCGGCCCAUCGGGCAGCGGUAAAACCACUCUCUUGACAGCCCUUGCAGGCAGGCUUCCAGGAAAGUUCUCCGGCAGCAUAACGUACAAUGGUCGGCCCUUCUCCGGCUCCAUUAAGCGUAAGACAGGGUUUGUGACACAGGACGACGUUCUAUAUCCCCACCUCACUGUGCUGGAGACGCUGACAUACGCCGCUCUGUUAAGGUUACCCAAUAAACUAACAAGAGAAGAGAAGGUUGAGCAAGCUGAAUUAGUGAUCGCGGAGCUUGGGUUGAUGAUAUGUCGUAACAGUAUCGUGGGUGGACCUCUAUUGCGUGGCGUAUCGGGUGGCGAGCGGAAGCGGGUGAGUAUCGGGCAAGAGAUGCUGGUGAACCCUAGUCUUUUGUUGCUGGAUGAGCCAACCUCUGGGCUUGAUUCCACCACGGCACAGCGUAUUGUGGCAACAUUGCAAGGGCUGGCAAGGGGCGGAAGAACGGUGGUCACGACGAUACAUCAGCCUUCGAGUCGGUUGUUUCGGUCGUUUGAUAAGGUGGUGGUUUUAUCGGAUGGGUACCCGAUAUACAGCGGUAGUGCGUUUCGGGCGUUGGAUUAUUUUGCUUCUAUCGGUUAUGCGCCGGGGGCUCAUCUUGUCAAUCCCGCCGAUUUUCUGCUAGAUAUUGCUAAUGGUGUGGCUCCUGAAUCAAAGCAAGGUGAUCAACCGGAUAAUUAUGGUCGGUCGGACCAUGGGGAUCUUAAUUCUAUAAAGCAGCGUCUAAUAUCAUCUUACAAAAAGAAUCUACAUAGCAUGGUGAAGGCUGAGUUGGGCCUCACUUCUCAGGUUUCAGAGUCUCUUCUAGCAGGAACAACAUCAUUUAGGGGUUCUGAGGAGCAGUGGAUGACGAGCUGGUGGGAGCAAUUCAAGGUAUUGUUAAGUAGAGGUUUGAAGGAGAGAAAACAUGAAUCCUAUUCAGGGUUGCGGAUUUUUCAGGUCAUUUCAGUUUCUAUACUUUCGGGUCUAUUAUGGUGGCACUCUGACGUUUCUCACAUACAGGAUCAGGUUGGACUCCUCUUCUUCUUCUCCAUAUUCUGGGGAUUCUUUCCCAUGUUCAAUGCCAUAUUCACUUUCCCUCAAGAGCGGCCAAUGCUAAUCAAGGAACGCUCAUCGGGAAUGUAUCGCUUAUCCUCUUACUACUUUGCGCGAAUUGCUGGGGAUUUACCAAUGGAACUUGUGCUCCCAACCAUCUUUGUAUCUGUCACAUACUGGAUGGGUGGUCUCAGGCCCUCCCCUGUCAACUUUCUGCUGACCCUCCUGAUCAUUCUCUACAACGUUCUAGUGUCUCAAGGACUAGGCCUUGCCCUUGGCGCCAUUCUAAUGGAACUGAAACAAGCAACAACCUUAGCUUCUGUGACCAUGCUUGUGUUCCUACUAGCCAGUGGAUACUACAUUCAACAUAUUCCAGCUUUCAUAGUUUGGUUGAAGUACACUUCCUUUAGUCACUACUGUUACAAGCUUCUGGUUGGAGUGCAAUACACAGAGGAUGAUUAUUAUGACUGUGGGAUUGGGCUCCAUUGCAAGAUCUUCAACUUCCCUGCUGUAAAGAAUCUGGGUAUCAAUAACAUGGGAUUAGAUGUUGCUGCCUUAACAGUGAUGUUGGUGGGAUACAGGCUUAUUGCUUAUGUAGCCUUGAGGAUUGGGCAACCUCAUUGAUCGCGAAAGAUAACCGAGAUAAGGGACUGAAGGUGUACUUAUCAAUGCUACAGAAAAUGAGACAAAUGUUCUACCAAUUUGGCUAAAUUGCCAUGCAUCAUCCUAAGCUCGUAUGGUCGGGCCGCCUGAGAUUUCUGAAGCUGACUCUCUUAAUUAACAGAUGUAAAUUCUAUUUGCAUCAAAGAAGAAAUGUUCAUCAUGUUGCUUUUGCUUUCACUGUACUGAAUUUCUGUUAUGGGACUCAGUUCCCCACGAAGUCUAUGCUUUUUAAAUGAAUGUUUGUAAUUUUGUCA